GUGCCCCCCCUACCCGGGACGGUGUCACCGCGGCGGGGCGGGGUGUCACCGGCGGCGGUUCAAGGGCUGAGGGGACAGUCGGAGGGUGACGGUGGCACGGCGGCCAUGGAGACGCUCCGGCGCAUCACCGACUCCUUCCCGCGACGGCGGCGACCGGGACGGACCCCGGGCAAAGCCAAGGGCAAGGCCAAGGGCAAAGGCAAAGGCAAAAGCAAGAGUAAAGCCCGUCCCCGCGAUCCCUCCCCCGCCGCCCCCGCGGACCCGGAGCUCCUGGACAUGCUGCGACGCUUCGACCUGGCUUGGGAGUACGGGCCGUGCACCGGCAUCACCCGGCUGCAGCGCUGGGAGCGGGCGCAGGCGCUGGGGCUGAACCCCCCGGCCUCGGUGCGCGACGUCCUCCUGGAGCACCGCGACCGCCCCGACGUCACCUACUGCCUCUGGCACGAGUACCCGCUCUGAGCCGCUGCACCCCGCGCCGGAGGGAGGAUUAGAGGGGGUACACGGGCUGUGGCACCUCCCCCCACAGUCCCCCCUCGCGGGCCUGGCUACGGCUGUGCCACAGUCCGGGGGGCACUGGGAGGAUUAAAGGCUGGUGUGAGUGAA